GCCGGAAGAUGCCAGACAAGGACGAUCCAGGACCUGGGCCCGAACCAGACGAUUGCUAACCGUCGUCGGGCUAGUGCGGUACCAGUGCGUAGCAGUUCGAACCGGAGUCCGUCGCUGACAGUUCAGUUGGAUGCAAGCAGAUCGGUUGCGCUACUAGCGGACCAUCCUUACCACGGGGUGGGUCGCACAGUUGCCUGGGUGCUACUGUGGUGAGCUGGGGUCCUCCUGGGUCGGUGGACCUGCGGCGGGUCGGGUCCGGUGCGUCCGUGUGUGUGUGUGGGAGGUAAUGUGCGUGCGUCCGUGCGUCGGUGCUGUCGGGGCCGUUGACCGUGUGCAGUUCCUGGUGCAGUGACAGGCCACCGUCCUGAGUGUAACUCACAAACCAAUAAUGCUGUAUCGCGGGUGAAAGCAAAGCAAAAGAUGGAAUUCAAUGCAGUUCUAGGUUGUCUGUGCAUUCGAUCCCGCUGGUCCGUGAGUUCCCGUACGUGCGUAGGUGUGUAGUUGUGGUCAUUGUGGUUGUGGUUUUGGGGCAGCUUUUGGUGGCAAAAGUGCGAGAAGCAGUAUAUGUACUGCUAUUUGCGCUAUCCACUCCUGUGCUACGAUCGUCAAACAAACAAUCCUAACAGAUGAGCCUGAACAAGCUGAUUUGCAUCAUAUUCGGAUAUCCUUCGAGAUCAUGAAACAGGCUACCACAGCUCACUAGAACCACGCGGCGAACGUAUCGCUCGUUAUCAACAUCAUUGUUCAGCACACAUUAGCAGUACAUUAGACGAGAAGAAAUACAAAAAAACUGCUUCGGUUUUAGGCCUUACAUCAUCCGGUAAUCACCACCUGAGCGGCUAGCCUCAGUUACUUAGCAACAGCACACAAUGCCGGGCUUUGCAGAUCUCAAGGACCGGGCGUCCAACGUUUUCGGUGGUGUUGGGUUCGAAAAGUUCGAAAUGCCCAAACAAGGCUACGACCAGAUGGAUGGGGCGGCUGUCGGUGGCGCCUACCAGACGGACACCGGUGGCAACGACUCACCGAUGUCGUUCGAGGAAAUUGAGCGGCCACCGUUGCGCCACGUCGACAAGUACGUCCGGGCGGAGUGCCCGUGCAUCAAGACGACCCGCUACACGAUCUCGCUGAUGACCUGCCUAGGCUUUAUCAUUUCGUUUGGCAUGCGCUGUAACAUGGGCAUGGCCAAGCUGCAGUUCGAGAACGGGUCGGUGAAAUACAACUGGACUGUAGCGAUGGAGAGUGCCGUCGAUUCGUCCUUCUUCUGGGGCUACCUAGUGACGCAAGUACCCGGCGGGUUCCUUGCAUCGAUGUUCCCGGCAAAUCGCAUCUUCGGUACGGCCAUCGCUAUCUCGGCCUUUCUAAAUCUGCUCGUCCCGGGCGCCAUGAUGCUUCAUCCGACCGUUGUGAUUCUGGUGCGUGUCCUGCAGGGUCUGGUAGAGGGUGUAACGUAUCCCGCCUGCCACGGUAUCUGGCGCUUCUGGGCACCACCGCUCGAACGUUCCCGGCUGGCAACGAUGGCAUUCAGCGGUUCGUAUGCAGGUGUCGUGAUAGGUAUGCCAAUGUCCGGCAUUCUAACCGGUUCGAUCAGUUGGCACGCCCCAUUCUACUUCUACGGUGUGAUGGGUCUCAUAUGGUACUGCUUUUGGUUGUGGUUAUCGUUCGAGAAACCACGCCAACAUCCAACCAUCUCCGUGAAGGAGCUAAAGUACAUCGAAAAGUCACUCGGCGAAUCGGUACAGCUGCCGAUGCCAACCAUAGCAACGACACCGUGGCGUCACUUCCUGACGUCGAUGCCCGUCUAUGCGAUCAUUGUGGCAAACUUUUGCCGGUCGUGGAACUUCUACCUGUUGGUACUGUACCAGAGUGCCUACCUGAAGCACUCGUUCAACUUCCGGAUUGAGGAGACUGGAAUACUGGGAGCACUUCCACAUCUGUUGAUGACGAUCAUCGUACCAUUCGGUGGUAUGUUGGCGGAUCACAUCCGAAAGUCCGGUAUCCUGUCAACCACCAACGUGCGGAAGCUGUUCAACUGUGGCGGGUUCGGUCUGGAGGGUCUCUUUUUCUUGGUCGUAGCACAUGCCACCAGUUCUAUGGGUGCAGUGACGGCCUUAACGUUGGGAGUUGCCUUCAGCGGGUUCGCCAUAUCCGGUUACAACGUCAAUCAUCUGGACAUUGCACCACGCUACGCCAGUAUUCUGAUGGGAAUGUCCAACGGCAUCGGUACGAUAGCGGGCCUGAUCUGUCCUAUCGCGAUAGACCACCUUACACGGGGGCAGCCUAAAUCAUGUUGGUCAACUGUGUUCACGAUAGCAGCCACGGUACAUUUGGUAGGCAUUACAUUUUACGCCAUUUUUGCAUCGGGUGAGCUACAACCAUGGGCUGAACCGACGGUAGAAGAGCAACGUGCCUGGGAUCCGGUUGGUUCCGGGUACGAGAAGGAAACCACCUUCAAUGACGCCGGUGACGGUGGUACGGCCGGUGGUAUAAUGGACCCAAUGGCACAGAUUAACGCCACCAAGACGGUAUCGUACGGUGCGGUCCAGCAGCACGUUGCCAACAAUCCGUUCGCCUAUCCGAACGCGAUCAGCGAGGAACCGGUGCAACCGGAAGCGAGGGACACAUACUUACACGGAAAUCCCACUGAGCGUACCUAUUGACCUGCUCGCAUGAAAAAAACCGUAACCUUUAGCAUGAAUUAGAACGCUAUCAAAUAAUGUUCGAACAUAUAUGUUUAUCAUUUACCGUUUAUGGCAAAAGUGCGAUGCGUUACCGUGCGUUACAAUGUGCACUGUAGCCAGUAGCGUAACGUAUGGAAGCGGGAAGAAAAAAGAUGAAAAUGAGAAAGCCAAGCGAGCAAAAGUGAAAUACAAAAUAAAAACUUAACCCUGCUUAAGCAAUUACAAACACUAGAUAGUAACUAACAAAAGAUAGCUAAACAUAGCAAAGAUGCACAUUGUAUUUACAAAAUCGACGAGUGUACAUACACACACCAAAAACUGACAUAUUAUUAUAUACAUACGCCGUACGCCAUAAUAAUAUAAACGUAUAAAAAAAUUAAAUAGAAACAAACAAAAAAAAACACUAUCGACUGCCGAGGAGAACUAAACGAUGCAACAGGAAAGUGAAAAAUUGUUAAAGGCAACGCACUGAUUUAUUGUUUGCUUGAGAUGGAAAUGAAAUGAUCGAUGAUGGUAUUGCAUCGCAUCUGCAGGCUUGCAUUCGGAAGCGAAGAUCCUCGCUGGACGAAGGAGCAGUACGGUGUGAUGGAGUUAGAAAGCAACAAUCAAAGUUAGAAGUACGAGAUUAGCCACAACUAAAUGAACAUAAUCCACCACCAUUCCUACCCGAACAAAUAUUUGUCUUCAGCUGGUCCGGCAAACAAUCUGUCUGUCUAUAGAAACAAAUAAUAUAUAAAACAAAACAAAAAAACCAAUUGUCAAUUGCGAACGAGUGUCCCAGCACACAAGUACACGUAAACUAUCUGGCAAAAGUAAAAUUUAUUAAACGAUGGUUGAAAGUUGAAUGAACCGCUAAUGAGUUUCGUUAGCGAUGCGAUCAUCGCGUAACGCGUUGAAUCCUUUCCCCCCCCGGGGGAGUUGCGUGCGCAAAUGGCAAUGUACUUACUUCUGUAGCUAAUCGUGUAAUUAUGUAACUUAUCUUUUUUUUCAGUUUACGAGGAAGAGAAGAGUUAAAUUUGAGGUGUCAACUCACUCUCAAAGGCUGUGGCGACAAUAAUAAAACGGAAUGGGCGUAAUACCCAACCGGAUCCGUAGGUUAAGAUGAUUAAGGCUUUUGUGCAGGUCUAGGCACUAGGUUUUUAGUUGUUUAACUGGAUAUUUUAACGACACGCGAAGAUGGUAGUAAACUGUAUUAUAAAAUGGGCAGCUGCAACUAAGCGUACUAAAGCGGUCGUGUUGUAUAAAUUGAUUCCUGAGUUUUUAGAUCGGUAAGCUUCAAUACGUUCUGAUAAGCUGAUCGUACUGCGAAUGUGACAGUGAAACAAUAAUAAACAACGCUAGAUUUUAAGGUAACCUUCCCCAAAAAAAAACAUACACUGUAGUGUUAAGACGUUCAGUGAUAUAGUGAAUUAUAUACAGCUCAUCAACAAAAGUUUAAAUCGUUGCAAUACGAAGUGAAACCUAAGUAGUAGCCACGUUGCACGUUGUAACCCACUCCGAUUGGCGGGAAACGAUUGCCUGGAGGUUUGUCGUUGUACACUAAGCUAAUCGGCACACGCAAAAUUGAUCGACAUGAAGUUGGGAAGAGAUUGGAAUUCAAACAAAAAAAAAACAGCGCAAAAACUUAACCUCACAUUACGAUCCUUUGCCGCACGCGUUUCGGGUUAGGACCGACGGUUCAGACGGUGGCGUCGUUAAUGUAACAGACAACCUGACCAUACCUGGGCGAAGAUUGUAAAUAUCUAGCGAAAGCGAACUUUGACGGGGCGGUCGUCCAUCCAUCACCAUCUGCUUGUUGGUUGCGAACCGGCCCCACCUCGGGGGAGUUUUAGAAUCAUCCAACAACACGGGUAAUUAUAAUGCUAGUUGGAAAAGUUCGGUAUGUUGAUGUUGAUGUAAUACAAGCAUAAUUUCGAACGAACAUUACAACACUUUGAGCAAACAAAAAAAAAAACAAAUGUCUCUUUACGGAAACGUGACCCCUAUACGCGAUCAAUUGAAAUUUUAGUGACAGUAGGUAGGCCUUAGUUCCCUCGUUCUGUAACCCACGCUAGAUCGAUCGUACGAUCAAUGCUGUAAUCUAUUGUAACUGUCUCCUAUUAUAGCCCAUACCUCAUGGUUUCGUUUGUUCCUUUUCACCCUUUCCUCACGUCCUCACACACACACACAUCCCCUUCAAACACUUCGGCAGCAUAAAAAGCGGCUGCUAGUGCCACUGUACAUGAUCUCAGUUACCCUAUCGCUAUUUGACCAACAGAAACUGUAACAUAAAUCUACCCCGUUAUCAUGGAGAUCAUUGUAAAAGAAGUCACACUCUCACACUGUUUCACUCUCACUCACUCUCUCUCUCUCCAUCGUCCUCCACCUGGCGCAGAGCUGGUGGAACAUUGUAGUAGUGUAGGCCGUAAUAUAAAGAGCAUCAACACAGUAUCCUUGCUGCAGGCGGGAACCGUUGUAUGCCGAACGCAUAUUAUCAGGAUGACAAUCAGCUGUUGUUGCAUCCUCCCUUUUCUGGUAGUGUAUCCUUCCCAAAACGUAGUGCGAAGUUGAAGUUGUAGGACAUGGGCUCGCAUCAGUGCUCUGAACAGCGUUCAUAGCUAUGAUUAAGCAGAUAGGCCGUAGUUGUGUACACAUAAAGAGGAAACAGAGAAAACAAACGCUUCUUCAAGCGAAACACUAUACAGAUAUUGUUGAGACUCAUAUUAUAAAUGUACGGUUCGUUUGAUCGUUAUGUUGAACUCCAUUUCUUUACUGUUUUUUCAAUCACGGAUGUCGUUCUAGCUGUUGUUGUUAAUUGAAAUAUAUAUAUAAACGUAUAUGGAACUAUAGUUCCAGCAAAAAAAAAACAAAUAAAAGGAUAUUAAAGUGACAGGUCGGAAUGGAAUGAAGAGGCAAAAGAGCUGUUUCCGGCUCGCCAAACCAUUCCAUUCGCUGUCGGAUAUCCCAAAUGGUAAUAUUAUUACCAACACAACAAUACAAGAAUAUUACGCAAAACAUCAUCGCAAAAAAAAACAACCGAACCGUGGUUCGGAUAGUUGUAAUUUCGUUGUUCCCGGUGUAGCAGCAUAGCAGCAUUGUACUUUAAUAAUAUAGAUAACGAAUGGUCGGCAUCCUGCCAACCACACAGUGGGAUUCUGUGCCACACUAUAUAAAUAUAGCUGUAAACGUUGAAUAGUAAAUAUCUGCGAGGCGUGCUAGAAAGCCAAAGCAACAAAAAAAAGAAACCUGUACAUUGCAUAUAUACAAAACAUUAAACUAUACUUAAAACGUAUACAAAUUCGGUGCAAAUGGGAAAGGCACACAUUAGGCGGAUUAAAGAAAAAAACCAAAAGGAGUAACCGACCUAUCUGGCAUGUAUGUGGGCAUCUGUCUUUCCCUGUCUCAUGCUCCCAUGGGGGAAAAAAAGUUGACAAAAGGUAACGAAUAUCCCAAACGGAGAAGAGAUCAAGAGCCCCGAAAGGUAAUCAGUAAAAUCGUCUCGCUGUUAUAAUCGCAUCAUAAUCAAUCAUCGUAACUAAACGCUGAACGAAGGUGAAAUAGUAGGUGGCUAGGUGGUAAGGAAACCUAAUGAUGAGCGCAUCAGGAAAGGAUCAAAAGGUAGAAGGGAAAGGAAUUGAAGAAAGCUACCAACAACAGUAAAAAAACCCACUCGUUCGAAAGCACACAAAGACAACAAGAAAAAUAAAGAUUAUGACAUUUACUAGUUAAGUAUUCCUUAUUGGCAAUAGCGUGUUAGCGAAGUGUAUGAAACUUACCACCUAACUAAUCGAGUGAAAACGACAAACUAACAAAAAUUGGAACCACAGCACGCCGGUGAUGGUGGACGAGUUUGAACGAACGACCGGUGGAGACUCCAUCGUCUCUCACACACAUACACUCGCCACAAACCAAAUCCAAAUAAAAGUGCGUAUAUUUAAACUGUUGAAAUGAAUCAACCCCGAA